GCCAAGUUCAAGAGCACCGAGUCAAGCAACGGUGGUCGAGCUUCAGCGCUUUUAUUUACGUUAGCUCGCUCUCACAAUCAGUUUUAUCCGUGGAAAUCCGGUGGAAAAUGUCACGUGCAGCGUUCCUCAUCUGGUGAUCCCACAGGCUUACUCAAAAUAAAGACAAUCCAAAACUGGUCUUCAGAGGAUUAUUGGAUUAUUCUUGUCGACGCAUGGACGGAUCUAAUGACACAAGUCAAGAAACUUAGGAAAAGAGACUGAAAUAUUUUCACAUUAUUUAACUAUGGAUAUCCGUCUUGCAGUGAUUUUGGCUGUAUCAUUGACGAUAUUAGGUUCAGCAUGGGCGAACAGGGACGAAGAAAAGGAGCAAAACACAAGAUCCGGUUACAACCUCCGCGAUCGAAAUCGCAACGACGCGAAUAAUUCUGAUCGAUCGGAAAGUAACAGUCGUGAAUCGGAGAAUGAUCGGAAUCGUAGAACCAGUUGGAGCCACGGAUCGAAUCGCGAUACUGGAAGCGAUCGGAAUCGAGGAUCUUCCUACGGCCAAGGAUCCGGAACCGGUUGGAACCAGGGGUCUGAUCGCAACAACGGAAACGAUCGCAAUCAAGGAUCUGGAACCGGUUGGAACCAGGGAUCUGAUCGCAGCAACGGAAACGAUCGUAAUCAAGGAUCCGGAACCGGUUGGAACCAGGGGUCUGAUCGCAAUAACGGAAACGACCGUAAUCAAGGAUCUGGAACCGGUUGGAACCAAGGGUCUGAUCGUAACAACGGGAAUGAUCGCAAUCGCGGAAACGGCUACGGCCAGGGCGUAGGAUCUGAUCGUAAUAACGGAAAUCAAGGAAACAGUUGGGGUCAAGGAUCUAAUUUUAAUAGCGGCAACGAUCGCAAUCGAGAAACCGGUUCAAGCAACAGUUUUGGCACAAACCAAGGCUCUUACGGCAAUAAUGGUAAUGAUCGCAAUCGUGAAACCGGUUCAAGCAAUAAUUUCGGGACAAACCAUGGAUCCCACGGGACUAACGGUAAUCGUGAAACCGGUUCAAGCAGUAGUUUCGGGACAAACCAUGGAUCCCAUGGGACUAACGGUAAUCGUGAAACCGGUUCAAGUAAUAGUUUCGGCGCGAAUCAAUGGAAUAUCGGUAAUUCAUACGGAGGGCACCUUGGUAGUAGUGGUGGCAGCAACGGUGGCUUUAGUUCAAGUAACAGUUUCGGCACCAACCAAGGGUCCUAUGGUGGCGACCGGAAUCAAGGGAAUCAGAGCAACAAACCGCCGAAGGAUAAAGUCAACUUCCCCGGACUAAACAAUAAAGACGUCAAAGAACAACUUGUGCGAGCAUACUGGCCGUGGAUCGAUGAAAAAUUCCCCAAACCAGUUCAGUCUCCUGUCGACAUCAGCACCGUAAAUGCCAAAAAAGAGAACCUCCCAGAUUUUGAAUUCGAGAACUAUUGGGAGAACAGGAAGGAGAUUGUGAGGCUACGAAACGACGGACAUACCGUUCAAGUCACAAUCGCAGAUGACGUUUAUGAGGAAGAUAGGCCAUUCAUCAGUGGCGGUCCAUUAAAAGACGACUAUCUCUUCGAUGGAAUGCACCUGCAUUGGGGGAAAACUGACGGGGAUGGCAGCGAACACACGCUAAACGGCAGGACUUUUUCAACUGAGAUGCACAUAGUCCACUUUAAGAAGGAAUAUGGUAGUUUGGCGAACGCACAAAAACACUAUGACGGCAUUGCAGUGGUGGCUUUCUUUGGCACUGCGAAAGGCGGUGAUAACAAGGAUCUUGCCGGAUUCAUAAACGAUUUAGAGCAGGUGAGAAGAUGCAAUAGCAGUACCGUGAUGCCUGUCCAGAGGACUUUCGAGUGCAUCAAGAGAUUGGCGUCAGCGCGAGCCCCUGCCAACCGCUACUACGCUUACCCUGGAUCCCUUACAACUCCUCCAUACAGCGAGAGUGUGAUUUGGAUAGUGUUCCCUGAUCCCUUCCAAAUAUCCUCUAGACAGCUGAACGAAUUCCGGCAGCUUAGAUCUUGUGAAAACAAAGCGCUAAUUCGCAAAAACGAUAGAGAACUCCAACCAUUCAACAACAGACCGGUCAUUUUUGCGUACUGAACCAUCAAUUUACUCUCAAAAUAUAUUAAAAUUUCGUCUUUUAGGCGUGACAAACUUACUAUAUUUUUUUCAGCAUCAACAAAGCUUGAUAAGACACGGCAAUCAGCAAUGUUAACAGUUGCAGAAAUAUCAUAAAUUUUAAAAAUUGAUUUUUUCCGACUAGAGCGAUACAUUCUGAAGUGAUCUCCAUUAUUGUUCUGCACAUUGCAUGAAAAAAUCCUGAACCUUUUUUUUUUCAUUUUGAAUAUGCUCUGAAUUGUAAGAAUGGCUAUACAGCAGAGUCUAUCGGUAAAAACCUUCUUAGAUACUGACAACCUUUCCUGGACCAUGUAUCCAGUCUUGUGAUCAUUUGUUGAACAUCGUUAGUGUGAGUUCGUAAUUUUAAUUUAUUAUCUUUAUAAUAUAAGCUGACUCACUGUGAAAUACUCAAUUAUCCAUGAAAAAUACUCUUUACUUUCCUUUCAGUAUUUGUAUCGAAUGCUCAGAUUUUGUUCACUUUUACCGCUUGGAUACCGGUACACAUAUUUUUGUAACAUGAAGCAUACACUUAAGAGAGCAAAGAUAAAACAUGUUGAAAACUUA